AUGGUAGCCAAAGGCACACAAGAUCGACGAUCAUCAUCGUCAACAAAAGCCGCAGCCACACCUACAACUACAAAACGAACACGAAUAUCAUCAGCGAGUCAUGAUAAAAAAAAAGUCGCCAAACCAAUUGGUAUAUGCGGAUUUUGUUUGGGUGAUAAUGAAAAAAAUGCAAAUGGUGUUCCAGAAAAAAUGAUAAAUUGUGCAGAAUGUGGAAAUUCAGGACAUCCAUCAUGUUUACAAUAUUCAGAAAAAUUAGUAAAAACAAUCCGAACAAUUCAUUGGCAAUGUAUCGAUUGCAAACGAUGCAUUGAGUGUAAUAAAAGUGAUGAUUCACUAUUAUUCUGUGAUUUUUGUGAUGCUGGUGUACACCCGAAAUGCUGUAAUCCACCAUUGAAUAGCAUUCCUAAAGGUGAUUUUGCUUGUAAUGUUUGUCGUGAUGAAAUAUUAUUGUCACCAAAUAAAAAUCUAUCGUCAUCAUCGUCAUCAUCAACACGUUCUCGUCGUAGUAUUAAUUUAAACGGUGAAGAUCCGCCAGCAACUCUUUCACAGUCUGUUACUGAACUCGAUGAUGGCAUAGCGAAUUUUUUCAUACCAAACAAACAAAAUCUUAAUAAUAUUCGACAACAAUCUGUACAAAAAGCAAUGAAAUAUAUACGUGAAAAUAAAACAAUAAAAUCAACGAAUAAGAAAUUACUCAAACGGAUUCAUGCAACAACAUUAAAUACAAAUACAAUCAAAGAAAAUGAGGAAUUGUUAGCGGAAACAAUUUUAUCAUCAUCGAAAACACCACGAAUUAGAAAAAAACUUUUGACUGAAGAUUUAUGUUCAGAUCCUCAAACGAGUACACCUCUAUUAACACGUCAGCUAUUAAAUAAAAAGUCAUUUACAACAGAACCAUUAAGUCCUCGAAUGAUUUCUGAAUCAGAUAAUCAUCCUAUUGAAGAAUUAAGUAAAACACCGCUAUCAAAAGCAUCGAAUAAACGCAAACAUUCAACAAAUUCUUUAUCGCCUGUUUCGAAUACGCCAUCAAUUGUAAAAAAACGAGCGAAAAAUGAAUUACAAUUGAAAAAACAACAUUCAAAAUUGAAUAAUAAGAGACGAAAAGAAAGUUUAACUGAAGAUGAUCCAUCAGAUGACGAUAAACAAAUAGAAUCUACAGCUGAUAAACGACGGUUCAAUUUAGAUCUGUCUAAAUAUAAAAAUCCGCCGGCAUUUAUCAAAGAUGUACUACCAGAUAAUAUUAUUGAGAAUGAUAUAUAUUUGUUUCUUGAAGCACGUAAAGAUGCUUCUAAACUUAUAACAGAUUGUUCUGAUAAAUUUCAUUGUUCAAGUGAAACGAUUGUUGAAGAUACAACGAGUUCAUCCCGUUGGCCACCUUAUAUUGUAUUCGGUUCAGAUUUAAUGAAAACUUGGUAUUCAUCAUCCUAUCCUCAGGAAUAUGCACGUGUACCGCGUUUAUAUAUUUGUGAAUUCUGUUUAAAAUAUAUGAAAUGUGAACAAGUUUAUGAACGACAUCGUAAAAAAUGUGCUGCAUUUCAUCCACCAGCCAAUGAAAUCUAUCAUCAAGAUGAUCUGUCAGUUUUUGAAGUUGAUGGAAAUAUAAAUCGAAUUUAUUGUCAAAAUUUAUGUCUUCUUGCAAAAUUAUUUCUCGAUCAUAAAACACUUUAUUAUGAUGUUGAACCAUUUUUAUUUUAUGUCCUAACUAGAAAUGAUUCAAAAGGUUGUCAUUUUAUUGGUUAUUUUUCAAAAGAAAAACAUUGCCCACAAAGAUAUAAUCUAUCAUGUAUAACUGUACUACCCAAUUGUCAACGUCGAGGUUAUGGCCGAUUUUUAAUUGAAUUAAGUUAUUUACUUUCACAAAAAGAAGGACAAGUUGGCACACCUGAACGGCCAUUAUCGACGCUUGGUGCACAAACAUAUGAAGCAUAUUGGAAAAUAAAAAUUGUCGAACAACUACUGAACUGUUUUAAUGAAAAUAAACAAAAAUGUUUAUUGAAAACGAUUAUGAAUGAAACAGGAAUGGCCAUUGAUGAUAUUAUUGAAACUCUACAAAAUUUAGGUGUUUUAACAAUGAAAUCAAAUGGAAAGCCUGUUAUUAAUGCUAAUGUGGUACAAUUAGAAGCGAUGCUUAAGAAUGAAAAAAUUAAACAUGCACAUUGGGUUACAAUUGAUAGUGAAUAUUUACGUUUUACUCCUGUACUUACACCACUUCUAUUAACAAAUGAAGAAAAAGCUGUUGAAAAGGAAGUGAAAGAAAUUCAAAUUGUAUUUAAACAAAUGGGCCAAGAUGCUGUUGAAGCGGCAUUAUUACACGCUGAAUCGAACGACGGUUCAAAUCCUAAUGAAACAGUUCGGUAUAUUCGAAGGAGAAAAAAUGGACAAAAACGUCGUUCAAUUCUUGUUAAACGUCGAACACCAACUAAUAAACCACUUAAAAAUGAAUCAAUUAUUACUCAUGAUGAUAGUUGUAUAGCUGAUAAAACCAUAGAUGAUAACGAUGAACAUUCUCAGGAAUAUAAACCUCGUCGACCAGUAUCUAUAAUAAACGAAUCUACGGAAGAAGAAACAUCUGCUCCAGUAGUACCGUCACCGAAAAUCCCUAUUAAACCACCAAUAUUGAAACAAUUGAAACUUGAUCAAUUUCUUAAAGCCAUUCCACCCGAAGCGGAUUCAUUGGCGAACGAAGAACUUGAAAUUAAAAGUGAAAAUAGUGAAGAAAUUCAUUUACAAUCAAGAAGAAUAAGUCGAAAUACACGAUUGAACUCGGCAUCAAAAUUUGAGAAUUCAUCAGAAUCUUCAAAUAAACCUGAUCGUAUGUAUAUUCAUAAUAAUCCAGUUCUUUUCAAAGAGAUUUCUAUUCUAGCUAAUUAUCAAGACUCAUUGACAAGACAAAUCAGUGAAAGUGGUCUUUCAGUAGCAUCAUCAAAUGAUACCACAACAACGACGAAUACAUUCAGUUCAUCUUCAACAUUCAACAUGGAUGGAUCAUUAUCAUUAAAGAAAUGUAGUUUAACUCCAUCAGAAAUUCAAGCUUUAAUCGAUAGUACAGUUUCGCCAACUAAGGUUCAUAUUCAAUUUUUUGUAGUAGAAAAAACAAAAAAUUAUUUAUUUCAGAGUAACACUGAUCAAUCAAAUACAGUAGCCAAAGCUUCACCUGAAGUACUUUCAUCCCUAUCAGAUAUGCUUAGUAAUCCACUUUUAUCAUCUAUCAAUGGCGCUGAUGAUGAAACGAAAAUUGCUCACAUUGAAUCUCAAUUAAAGACAAGUACAGCUUCUAUAGUUAAUGAUAACGAAGAAGAAACAAUUUCAUCGAUCAAUUCAUAUGAAACAACCAUUGAACCCAUUGAAACAACUGAUGAUGAUCAACCGCCUAGUCUUACAUCACCAACCUCAAUGAUUGUCUCACAAUCAAAUCAUUAUAAUUAUCCAAUACGAAAUAAACAACAACAAGAAAUUAAUAAUUUUAAUCCAUCGACUAGUAAUAUGACAUAUAAUUAUGCUAAUCCAUCAUAUCCCUAUUCACCCUAUCCACCAGCACCAUCAUUUGAUAUGCAAUCAUAUUAUUAUCAUCAACCAACAAUACCCAUGGAUUAUAUGCCCUAUUACCCAACAUCAUUACCAACAGGUUAUCCUCCUGCAGGACCCAUAUAUGGAAAUACAUCUGAACAACCAACAUUCUAUACGUCCAAUGAUGUCAAUACAAUUCCCUAUAAUGGUAAUGGAACUACACCGUAUAUUUAUCCAACACCACAACCCUCAUCAACUGUACCAACAAGUCAACGACAUUGA